UCGGCCUCGCAGCGGCGGGCAGCGGGCGCCCACCCAGCCGCGGGGCCAUGUUCUACUUCCACUGCCCGCCGCAGCUAGAGGGCGCGGCACCCUUCGGAGGUCACUCUGCCGGCGACUUCGAUGAUGGGUUCCUGCGAAGGAAGCAGCGCCGCAACCGCACCACUUUCACCCUGCAGCAGCUCGAGGCACUGGAAGCCGUUUUUGCUCAGACCCACUACCCCGAUGUGUUCACUAGGGAAGAGCUGGCUAUGAAAAUCAACCUCACGGAAGCCAGGGUGCAGGUGUGGUUCCAAAAUCGAAGAGCUAAAUGGAGGAAAACAGAGAGGGGUGCUUCUGACCAAGAGGGCUCUAAGGAGACAAUGGCUGAGGUGGCACCUCCUGCAAGGAAUUUAAAUUCCCCUUCCCCAGCAGAUCAAACCAGGAAUAAAAAAGAGGGUCUGGAGAUCCCGCAGAGCCUGAGCCGAGCAGUGGGUCCUACAGGACCUUUCUUCCCUUCCUGCCUGCCAGGGACUCUUCUCAACACAGCCACCUAUGCACAAGCUUUAUCCCAUGUUGCCUCCCUAAAAGGGAGCCCGCUGUGCUCGUGCUGCGUUCCAGAUCCCAUGGGCCUCUCCUUCCUGCCCACUUACGGCUGCCAAAGCAACCGCACCGCCAGCGUGGCCGCACUGCGCAUGAAGGCCCGGGAGCACUCCGAGGCUGUGCUCCAGUCUGCCAACCUCCUGCCCACCACCAGCAGCAGCCCCACUCCUCCCACCAAACCCAGCCCCGAGGGCAGCCAGGACAAGCAGCCCUCUCCAGCCAAGGAGCACAUGGAAGUGGAGAAGAGCGUAUGAGACCGGAUCGGAGCCAGCCCCUCAGCUCAGGGCAGGGACCUGACGUUGGGUUCUGCUGUGGGGUGAACUAGAGUGUGGCCAUGCCCCAGCAGGAUUUCGCAGGGCCACCGGUGACCCAGCAAAACUAAGUGGCCUCUUUGGCUGCCUUUCAUGCACCCUUGCUUUUCUUGCACCGCUAUAGGUCCAUUCCCCUGAUUUAUCAGCACUAUCUGUGUUUGGAAACAUUUGUGAAACUGUUUUUAGCCCCCCCUCCAUGUGCCAGGGACACCAAAAUUCCCAGGAUACUGGCUUGCUCCCACACAUCUCAGCUUCCCAUCCUGCAUGAGAUGGAGGGCUGGCAGCAGGACAGCACUUCCAGACACGGGGUCCGAGGCAGGAGAGGCAUCCAGGCAUCAUUUACCCCACCGCACACAGAAGAGGUGAAGGAAUAUGCAGGUAUUUACCAAUUUGGCCUGCUGUUUUCUGAUGGCAUUUGACUUCAAUCAAAUCUAUCCCAGGCAAGCCAGGUGUAAGAGAAACAGAAAAUAGAAUGCAACUCUUCAGAAUUUUUUCCUUCUCCCUUCUUUUUCCCAAAAGUGAAACUUUUCAUGGAGUUCUACUGGAGAACUGCUGAGAUCAGUUUACCUGUGAAUAAAAUCCUUAUACUAGUCUCUGUGUGAACAUUAGUCUGCUACUCUUGCCAUUCCCUGGGUUAGAUAUAAAAGACACAUGACUGCAGAGUAGCAUACAUAACUUCAAAUGGUAAUGCUGAUAUUUAAUGGAGAGUGCAGUUGUGUCUAGAUCUGCACAAAUCAGGGGGUAUUUUAGCAUCAUUCUCUUGGAAAGAAAGACUGGAAAACAAAAUAAUCCUGCAUUGCAACACUGCAAAUAUGUGCUUGCAUGUUUUGUUUUUAAUAAAGAGAAAAUAAAGCUUGGAAGGAUAUUCCUUUCUGUCAUCCAAAAUCAGACUAUUCCAUUCACUGAAGCCUUGUUGUAAUGAAUCUAGAUAUGAAAAUGUAUUAAUUAUUACAGAGUGGGCACAGUGCAAAGGAGAAAUUGAUGCCUCGGGAAAUACAGUUUUAUCUCUGACUCAAAACUCCCCAAACCAAAGCAGACUAAUAUCUGAUGCUCUAGAGCAGGCAUUUUCAUCUAGGGUGCCCCACAUUUUUUUUCUGUGGGAAAUGAACAUGCAGAUUUAAACUUAGUGACAUGGAUUUGCUUUUCUUAGGUGCCUUUUGCAGACUCCUUAUGCUUGUCCACAAAUGUCUCUGGAGAACAGGGUAAAACCACUGCUCUGAGACUUGACCGAGUAAUCUGGAGGCUAGUGAAAGGAUUCCUGUCAGCUCUGAUCCUUCACAUUAUGCUGAGGACCUCCUGUAAUGCACUGAGUACAUGCUUUUAUAUGGGGUUGUGUUCAGCUUCUCACAGGAUCUGAGCUUGGGAAUGUGCUUGGAAAGGCAAUCCUGAGUAAGGUUGGCAGAAAAGAUUUCUGUCCACCACUUAAGUGAUCUCAGCCCACACAUGUCACAGAACCUGGGACUUCUCUGGUGCUUGCGGGACAGUCCCAUACCGCCAGGUGUACACCUUCCUCCCCUGAGGCAGGGCUUGGUGUCAGCACCCAUUCAAAGGGUGGAAGCCCUGGUCUUCCAGCAGUGUCUUGCCAGCACCAAACCCCUUCUUUUAUUCAG